AUGUCUUCCAAACUCAUCACCGUCUUCGGUGCGACCGGCGCGCAAGGCUCCUCAGUUCUCCAAUCCCUGCAAGCCAAUACCAACAAGUCCUUUGCCCUUCGUGGCAUAACCCGUAACCAGCACUCGGAUUCCGCUCAGAAGCUCUCCGCCUCCGGCAUUGAAAUGGUCCAGGCUGACGGCUGGGAUAAAGACUCACUCAUCGCGGCCUUCAAGGGCAGCUGGGGUGUCUUCGUCAACACUAAUUCGGAUGACGCCGUCUUCGAGAAUCCGGAGGAGAAGCGCACUGAGGUGGACCUCGGAAAGAUCAUCGUUGAUGCGGCUGUAGAAGCUGGUGUUGAGGUGUUGGUUUACAGUGGUUUCAACAGUGCGAAGGAGAUCACGGGCGGCAAAGUCCCAGUCGCCGCUUUCGACGACAAGAAUGCCAUCUGGAAGUAUGCUAGGGCCACCCGGGCUUUCCAAUCCGUAGUCGCCGCCAGCCCUGGCUGGUACUUCGAAAACUUCCUCGUUCAGGAUCUCGCUCCCAUAUUCGGUGGCUUUCCCUUCGUCCCAUCCGAAGAUGGUAACUUCGUCUUCCGCGUCCCGCGAUGGGGCGGCAAAGAAGACAUUCCUUUCAUCUCGAUUGCGGACGACUUCGGCGACAUCGUGCAUGGGAUCUUCCUCGGACCUGAGAAAUGGAAUGGAAAGCUUGUGCAAGGCGUGAGUGACAUUCGGUCUUUCGACGAGGCGGUAAAAGCCUUUGAGAAGGUAACCGGAAAGAAGGCGCGCUUCGAAGAAGUUCCCAACUGGCAGGAUCUCGACAUUUACGGCAUCCGCGCGCUGGAGACCAUCAAGCGCAUGUUCGGCUUCACUCAGGAAUCCGGUGGACGGUAUUAUGGGGAUGAGACCGAGGCGGAGACUGCGGCGCAGUUGAAGAAGAAUGCUGCCGAGGCUUGCGGGAAAGGCGGGGAUGAAACUCAUUUGGCUACACUAGAGGCAUUCUUUGAGAGGGAGUUCGCCGCCGCGUCUUGA